GGCCGGGGGAGGAUCGGAACGGGAGCUGCAGACAGGGAUUGGUAACAGCAGACACAAACUUUCCCCUCCAAGGCGAAGCAGCCUUUGCAGCGGCGGCGGGGGGAAGGAAACGCGCCCGCUCCCUUAGCAUGGGCCCCUGGGAGCUGCUGCAGCUCUGCACCUACGGCCUAGCCAUCGCCACGGCUCUGCUCCUCUGGGCGGCGUGCGCCCGCGGCAGGAGACGAAGGAGGACCGGAGAACCCCCGUUAAUAAAUGGUUGGAUUCCUUUCAUUGGGAAGGCCUUAACUUUUAGGAAAGAUGCUUUCAAAUUCUUGAUAUCUCAGCAACGAAAAUUUGGAGAUGUUUUCACUGUACACAUUGCUGGUAGAUAUAUUACCUUUAUCAUGGACCCAUUCCAGUAUGUUUAUGUGAUCAGAAAUAGCAAGCAACUUGAAUUUUAUGAAUUUGCUGAUAAAAUGGCAUCAAAAACUUUUGGCUAUCCCUCUUUGUCAAAUUUCCCAAACCUAAACGAAAAUCUGCAUCGAAUUUACCAAUAUCUGCAAGGCAAGCCUUUGGACAUAAUUUCUGACCACAUGAUGAAAAAUCUCCAGCAUAUAUUUGAAUGGAAAUGCUCACAAGCAACAGAUUGGAAAACAGAAAAAAUGUACAAGUUCUGCAGCUUUCUAAUGUUUGAAGCCAGUUUUAUAACACUAUAUGGAAGAGAUCCUGCUGCAGAUGGCCACAAUGUUAUUAGUGAAAUCAGAGACAAAUUUACCAAGUUUGAUGCCAACUUUCCCUAUUUAGCUGCAAACAUACCAAUUGAGUUGCUAGGAGUUACCAAGAAGAUUCGGAAGGAGCUUAUACAUCAUUUUUUACUUCGGAACAUGGCAAAAUGGAUGGGAGGGUCAGAAGUGAUCCAAGCCAGAAAAGAUACAUUAGAGAAAUAUGAGCUGCUCCAAGAUUAUGACAAAGCAGCACAUCAUUUUGCCUUCCUGUGGGCCUCUGUGGGAAACACGAUUCCAGCUACAUUCUGGGCCAUGUAUUAUCUUCUGCGGCACCCAGAAGCUCUUGCAGUGGUGCGUGACGAAAUUGACCAUUUGCUGCAGUCAACAGGUCAAAAGAAAGGGCCUGGAUAUACCAUCCACCUCACCAGAGAACAAUUGGACAACCUGGUCUACCUAGAGAGUGCUUUAAACGAGAGUUUACGAAUGUGCUCGUCUUCCAUGAACAUUCGGAUCAGCCAAGAGGAUUAUAUUCUCAAGCUUGGAGGAAAUCAGGAAGUCAGUUUGAGGAAAGGAGACUGGAUCGCUCUUUACCCUCAAAUUUUGCACAUGGACCCUGAGGUCUAUGAAGAUCCUGAGGUGUAUAAGUUUGAUCGUUAUAUAGAGAAUGGCAAGAAGAAAACCACCUUCUACAAGGGGGGAAGAAAGCUGAAAUACUUUCUUAUGCCUUUUGGCUCUGGAAUCAGCAUGUGUCCUGGCAGGUUCUUUGCAAUGAAUGAAAUGAAGCUGUUUCUGAUUUUAUUCUUGGCUCACUUUGACAUAGAACUAGUGGAAAAUAAGCCCAUAGGGCUCAACAACAGUCGUAUGGGCCUUGGUAUCCUCUUGCCAGACUCUGAUAUUGCCUUUCGUUACAAGAUAAGGUCUUUUUAGAAAAGUAAACUGCCUAUUGCAGACUUCCCACUAAUCUCACUUUUUUGCUGUUUCCUGGCUGCAUAUUUUCUUUUUAGACAUGUUUGCUUUUUCCUGUUCUGCUUUCAUCUCUCUCCUACUUCUGUAUGUUUAAGUGAAGAGAGAGUAAUGCUAAAUGUCUUAGGGCUGGAGGAUCACCUCCACAGACACGAAAGCAGGAGUGACUGGAAAUUAAUAAGGGGGCAUGGAAGAAAGCAGCAACUCUGAGACAUUCACCCUGCACACAGGGCUGGCUCCAGGGUUUUGGCCGCUCCAAGCAGCCAAAUAAACAAACAAACAAAAAAGCCGCGAUCGUGAUCUGCGGCGGCAAUUCGGCGGGAGGUCCUUCGCUCCGAGUGGGAGUGAGGGACCGUCCGCCGAAUUGCCGCCGAACAGCUGGACGUGCCGCCCCUCUCCGGAGUGGCUGCCCCAAGCACCUGCUUGGUAAGCUUGUGCCUGGAGCCGGCUCUGCCUGCACAAUACCCUGAGCCAAUAGAAGUCAUUAGCUGCCGUUCCACACUACACCCUCUCUGCUGAGGGGGAAGUAUCGCAAUCAGGGUAGCCAGUGGCCGCAUGCCUUUGUAACCCACAUGAACCCAAUGUGGGCCUCUGUCCCCCUCUAGUGGCUGGACCACAUGAGAGAUUUUUGUCCCCUCUGCUGCCCUGGUGCUAAUAUAUCUGGUCCUUUAACUCAGCUCGUAGAGGCUCAGCCGUUGAGAUGUAAAGGUCUUGGGUGCAAUCCCACAGACAGUUGACCCAUCUGGAGGUGCCAUUACACCUGCUCAAGAAAACAUGCUGCCCAAGGAUAAAGGGGACCUGGAGAGCAGGUGGCAGAGAAAGGGGACUUUUUUUAUUCCCACCAUCCCCAAGCCCCUUUCCCCUCAGCACAGCAGUCACUAAAACUGCGCAAAAUCUGUCUUGCUGGUUUCCUGGGCCCACUUUCCUCUCUGAUGGAUUUUACUCUGGGAGGGUCCAGUGUGACCUUUGAUGACCCCCAAAAUUUAUGAUGCACAGUGAGUGUUCCAUUGGCCCCUCUUUCAUCCAGGCAUCCCUGCACUAAAGAAAAGCCUUGGAGAAAAAUACUAGUGUUUUUGUUUAGAAGACCAACCCCAAUGAAGUGCUGGAUGGGGCUCCUGGGAGCCCUUUCUUAAAUUAUACUGCCAAAUGGAAAGGAGAGUGAAUUGCUAUCAAUGGAGCUAACUUUUAAAUUCCCAUGGAGAGUAUCUCCUCAGAUCCCUCUCAUCCCUCCCCUCCACCCCGCAAAAAACAGAAAGUAACCUCCACCCCAUUUCAAAUUACACAGCAUGAACACUGUUCUUCACAAUCAAUAUAUUCUGUGUAUUUUUCAGGAACAAAAAUAUAAACAAUUCCAUCAAAUGCAUUUACUGGUAAAUUGUUCACCUAGUGGUGCUGCCCCUGUCUUGGUUAUGGCUAUUUUCAUGUAAAUAGAAAAACAAAUGAAUAGGUCCUUCUGCCAUCCGCUCCCUAAGAAAUCCAACCUCUGGUACCUGGGGUUUAUCACAGGCUAAGGGGGUUAUGACUUGUAGGAGUGUCUUGUUAUCAUCCUGGCAUCAUUUCACUGGCUUAGGAGUACUUUUUAAAUUCAACAGUUUGUUACUUAUGCAAUAUGAAUCAGUAACCUGAAUCUACUACUGUUAUAGGGCCUGAUUCAAACCCCUAUUAAAAUCAGUGGGAAGCUUUUGUUGACUUUAAUAGGGUUUGAAUCAGGCCCAUACUGUCUACUGAUUUAUCUGAGCCACAGCACUACAUUAGUUCAUAUUUAAUGUGAGCCUGUUUAAAAUGACACCAUCAUCUUAAAAAUGAGACUUCGGCCUACUAGCAUUACCAGUAAUGUUUUGGAGUAUUACACUUGAAAGAGAUUAGAGAAGAAAACAGAAUUGUUUGGCUUGUUUACUUUGUGCAUUUGACAUCACUUUGUAUUUGCCAGUUUCUCCUGUUGUCUUUCUCACACACACACACACACACACACACACACACACACACACACACACACACACACACACACACACACACACACACACACACACACACACACACACACACACAAAAGAAGAAACUUUUCAAACUCUAGAAAAAUAUGAUUGCAAAACCACAAAAAUUGGCAGGAGGAUUCAAGGACAAAAGUUUCAUACUAAAACUACUUUUAACUUGUUUUUAAAAAGAUGACUAAUUUUCAAGUUGAUGGUGUCAUUUAAUCUGUGUUUAGAACUAGAAUACUAUACCUACAAAUUGUGAAGUAGUCUGUAUCACUGACUCCUGUUUAAGAUAACUUCCCACAACUCUUUAACUCCACAUUCCUGAUGGUUCUAAAGUGCUAGGAAUUUGAGUGAAACUCUGUGUGAUUAAGACAAUUUUUUAGAAAUCUAAAAGCAGGAUUUAUUUACAGAGAGGUGGCUUCUAAUGAAUGCCAUUUUUCCCUAGUCUUUUACAUAUUUAAAAGCUGUGGCCUACAUAAUUUUGUGGUACUUAAAGAAUAUUGCUGUUGUACAAGAAGCUAACAACUUCAGCCUCAUGCAUAUCCUACAGAUUCUGGAAAUUCUCCCCACAUCAAUUAUACACAGUUUCUUACUGAUGCUACGAGCCUGCUCUUUGCCAUUCGCCUUAUGUGGUAACCUCAUACAACUAUAUAAAUGAGCUGUGGACUGAUGUUAGGGAGAGCUGAGCUAGUUGUAAGUGGGACCCGAGGGUUCUGCUUCAUAAAUAAGCUCCUCAUUCCUGAGUACUCAUGCAGAUCGUAGGCCCCUCAUUCCCUUUUUUUCUCUCCCCAGCUGGAGACAGGGCCAGAAAGCCAGAAGUCACUUCAUGUGAGCAGUACCUGCCCUGAAGAAGUGCUCCAGCAUACAAUUAUCAUUUAUAGAAGUUAGACUGGAAAGAGGUUGGAGAGCCAUGUCAGCACAUAAAUUGCUAGUUUGGGGAACCAACCUCUGCUCGGUCCCACACCAGAUUUGCAUUGGUCUCUGUAGUUGCAAAGCUAAUUUACGGUUUUAGCUACAUGGAUGGGAGCAGAGACAAAAUUUGUCCCAUAACCAUUUAUAGACACACGCCUGAGUAGUAAUUAGUGACUCAUGCAGAGUCAAAGAACACAAAGGAAAUUGUGGAAAGUUAUCUCAGUGUUCUUUGAACAAGUAAUUUAGAACUAAAUUCCCAAGCGUUCAUUCAUUUUUAGUGCCUCCUUUUUUAAGUGCCCUAAAUUGACAGCACCCAGGGCUUAGUGUUCGGAGAUGCUGAGCACCCACAACUUCACUUGACCUCCAUGGAAGCUGCAGAUGCUCUGAAAAAUCUGAAAAGUAGGCCAAAGGUGUCUCCAUCCAAUUGAGCACCAAAGCUAGUGGACAUUUUUUUUAAAAGUAAGCCUUAAUUUCUCUGUGCCUCGGUCUUCCUCAUCUUUAAAAUGGGGAAAAUCUUUCCCCUCUUUUAAAGCACUUAAAGACCUAUGGAUGAAAAGCAUUAUGUAAAUAUUAAGGAUUAGUAUUAUAUGUUGUUUAUGCCUGAGGCCAUUUAAUUAUUCAUGUAAACUAUAUACUCCAAAUCAGCAUCACUAGAAAGACUUUCAAAGAUUGGCACAUCUAAGCUCCCAGGCCUCUGGGAAGAAAAUUGUUUUUGUGAGAUAUAUUGAAUGAACAUUUUCUCUUCAUAUAUAAUAUCAAUACUACCUAUGGUAUUGGAGUAUACUUAUGUUAAAUGGGCUUUGCAGUUGAUUAAAUGCCUUAACUUUGCUUCAACAUUUAAUCAACUGCAAAAGCUGUUUAUUGCUUGUAUACUCCAGCUCAAUAGAAUAAAAUUUGUUUUUAUAUACAGCCUUUCAUAUUCAGGUUAGUUACUAGUGUAGUGACUCUGUAGGCAAACAUCGCAGCUAUUAUAUAUUCAGCCAUCGCUCACGAUCCUCUUGGACGUUAGAACCUGUUUUAUUGAGAGAGAGAAAAUGUUGACAUCAUUACAAUGUUGACUAUAGACAUUAUUGCUUAAAUGUAAGCUGUAAAAUGUCUCAUGCCACAAUUCUGAUCAAUCUUUCGUUGGCAUUCCAUUUUGAAACAAAUGUGAAGCAACUGUGAAAAUAAAAGUAGGUAUUUGUUUUAACCAUCAGACCUUCUUUGACUCAUACUGUGCUUUUAGGAUUUUGAAUUAGAGUAUAACUUGCUGUAGAAUAAUUUAGUAGGACAUACUGGGACAGUGCCAAAAGUGAAUGAAAAACAUUACUAGUUUCAGAUUAAUCACUGAUCAGUCAGUAUAAAUAUCUAUUCAGAAAUAAAACAAGUAUGUGCAAACAAGCAAAUAAAAAUCUAUAUCCCCAGCUGUAUCUUAAAGCAUCAGGUCACAAGUAAGAAGUUGAGGCACAGUCCUGCAAGGUGCUGAGCACGCUCUACAUAUUUACUCACUUUAAUAGGAGUAUAGGGUGCUCUGCAUCUAACAGGACUGAAUACUUGAUUUGAGGUAAAAUUGGCCUUACCUUUUGUUAAAUAACCAAACCUAAACCAGGCAGCGAGAGUCCCUGCUGAACAGACUCCGAUCUACCCAGGCUGUAUUGAGAAUCUAGAUGAUGUCUUGGCUAGACGCCCAACACUGGCUGUCCAGUGCUGGCAUCCCCUGGUAAGAUCCCAUCCUCGGACUUUCUACCCAUGCCUAGCAAUGGCGCAACCUAGUAUUGUGGCCUUCUCAUAAGAGUGCCUCGCAUACUUCAAUCCAUUGCAAAGAGCAAACCUCAUCUUGCAUAUGUUAGUAGGGUCAAGCCCUGCUAAGAAGUAUGUGUGAGAGUUGAGGAGAUGGGGCUUUCAUCCAGCUGUUUCUAUGGAUCAUGCUUUAUUAGGAAGACUGACUGGACAUAACCCCCAGCAAACUGGGUCAUAUUGACCAUGGCCAGUCCAAUUAGAUUUCUUUGUAACUGACACCCACUGGAUCAGUCAGAGUCUGAGGUCAGUAAGCCUACCCAGAACAGAUCAUUUGGGUUCAGAGUGGGUGAGUGAAAGUUUAGGACUCACAUUCCCCCCAUGAACCAUGUCAGUCCACAGUCUGUGGGCCUGAAGUGGACACACCCACAUGAUUAACUCUGACACAUUCUAGGUGGCUUUAGCCAGUCAUGAAGCCACCCAGGAAUGCUAGAGUUCCGUGAUUGUUGCAUGAGACAGGGAGCAGUGCAAGGCUGUAAUCUCAUCUAGGGUGACCAAACAGCAAAUGUGAAAAAUCGGGACGGGGGUAGGGGGUAAUAGGAGCCUAUAUAAGAAAAAGACCCAAAAAUCAGGACUGUCCCUAUAAAAUCGGGACAUCUGGUCACCCUAAUCCCAUCAAAUGUUUCUGGUGUGAACCUAAACCAAAAAACCAGGCCUUGAGUAGUGUUCAGUGUCACUAGAUCCCUAAAAUGGAUAUCUGGUCAUAUAUGUACAGACUAUUUCAUUGCGUACAAUGUGGAAUUGCCAUGAAUCCUUCUUUUAAAAAGUCAUGUUUUUUGCUCUCUUUUGAACCCUAUUCAUUACCUCCCUGAAAGGCCUUGCAAUGUCAUGACCAUCCCUCCCACCUACCUAGUAGGGUUAGAUAGGACUCCUCCUUACGUAUGUCAGGCCGGGAGGUAUUCAGGUGCCACUCAAGCCACUGGAAUCUCAAUUUUGCUCCCCUUUGUGGUAGAAAGGUGCACUGCCCAAUCCUUUUAAAAAGUGAAACUGCUGAUCAACAACAGCUUCUUGCAGGAACACACUGCCCAUGGUUGUGCCAGCUGCCAAAACUCACUGUCCCAGGCCCCAGUAGCUCAUCUUUUUAAAUAUAAAAUUAAAGUUCAGUUCCAGUGCAGCCACUUUUGGGAGCCACUGGAAGACUGUCGGACUUUUAAAGUUAAUAUUUUUUUAACAAGUGAACUCCUCAUGAACCAAUGUGAACACUAAAAUGUGAGCCUUAUUGUUAUGUAUAGGUAAUACUUAACCUUGUAAGCAAUUGAACAGUCCUGAUUGAAAGGAUUGGGGUGCUUCCAUGUAUGAUUAUAUGAAUAGUUGUGUAAUUGUUUGUAAAUUAGAUUUGGCUACAUUGCCAUGUCUCUAGCAAUGUGCUUUAAUGUACUAAAUACCACAUAAUAAAUGGCUUUAGUGUACUAAAAACUACAUAAGAAAUGUGCUUUAGUUUACUUCGUUAAGCCAUAUUGUAUUACACUACUCUCAGAAUUGUUAUUUUUUUAUUAGUAAUCACUGAUCUUUGUACUUCAUUUGUAGGAGUAGAAAUUAUAGUUUAUUUCAUUAUUACUGAAUAUUUGGAUGCUGAAAAGAUUGUCAAUUGUUCUUAAUUCCGUAAACUGACAUGUUGUAAAUAGAUGAACAAAGUUAGGUUCUCCUUUAAUAGUUAAUAUCCAUCAGUAAGGGUCUUAAACUGAAUAAGGUACAUCUGUGAAUUUCUGAGCAAAGAAAAGUGAAACUUCAUGUACUUUACUAAUCUGACCCUUUAUGUGAAUUUUGUAUUUCAAAAGAUACAAUAAAAUUGAAUGUAUCUAUUUGCA